AUUUUACGGAAGGUCAAGCGCGUAUGUUGAGGGCCGCGUUAUGUUUCCAAUGCUUGUAAUAUGACAACUCUCGAGUCCAGAAUUCCUCGUCAGCGUGCGAAUUCUGCAGAACCCAGGUCAAAUUAUUUUGUACAAAAACUUUCCAAAUUGGUUUUAAAUGGGAGUAGCCCUCAACAUAUUCCUUAUCCCAAGGAUUCGACCGUGGACCACAAGUCGUCUGUACAGCCAUCCAAGUUUUUUAAUCCUUUCUCUCGUCUGGGUUUUCUGAAUAAAAAGAAGAAGCCUGCUCAAGUUAAAGUUCCACCAUUGGAUUUUUCUCAAUCGUAUACUGAAUUGAUUUUGGAACUUGCUUACACUUCAAACUUAACACGUCAAGUGAUUCGACCAUUUAAUCGUUGCCAUUUAGUAAACCAGUUAACUGAAUGUGCACGCUUAAUUCGUGGACGUAUCGCAUCUGGCGCUGCGUGUAUCCAACUUCCUUUACUGGCUGAUUCCGAAAAGAAUGAGCAACUUAUGAGUGACAAUCGUAUGAUUAUGGCUAAAAUUAAUCAAUUCAACGAAGCUCAUAUAUUAUUUACUGAUUGGAUUGAUAAACUGUCAUCAGCACCAUUUGUAGUAAACACAUUUGGUCCAACAGUUGUUCAACCUACUGAUGGCAAUGUUCUUACAAAUGAACAGAUUCUCUUAUCAAAAUCAAAUUAUUCUGUACAUGAUGCUAAUUUACUACAAGAUUUACAAUGUGACGGUGAAUUGUUAUUCUGUCAACUUCAAUCAUGUGCUUUGGCUGUAUUUGAAUUACUCAAAAAUGUUGGCUAUACCACGUUUGUUGAACCGUCAUGUAUGGAGGCUUCGCUAUAUGAAAGUUGCAGUACGCAAAAUGAAUCUAUUCCUGCUCAUUCAGACAAAAAUGAUCAUGAGAUUGAAAACUUUGGUACGGAAUUUCUUGGUCAUUCUCAGCGUAAUUCACAUAACAAUACAUCAAUAAAAAGUUCAAGUGUAUUCACUGAAGAAGAUCGUGAACUAUUAGCUAAAUUAUGGCGUUAUUUAGAUCCUACUAGUAAUGUAUUAGGCAGCAGUUCACCACCACCAAAACCUCCAUUACCUAAUUUAUGUCCCUUGAACAUUCCAUUCUCUGAUCGUCGCACAGAUUCAAUUAUUUCCAACAAUCAAUCUUCUCAACUUAGUAUCAACCCAUAUGAUGAUCCAAACUUGUUAGCAUACCUGUGUACAAUUGCUUCUACUGCUCAACAAAAGUAUCCUUCAAAUUCAAGUCCGAAUAAGAAAAAUUCGAAUCGUCAAAAAGAAUUUUCAUUGCCGCCUACUAGAUUAGAUUUAAAUGCAACUGACCACUUGAGUUUCCCGUUAGUCGAUGAGUCGGAUCCAAGUGAUCUAGAAUCAAAUUUAAACUAUCCUAAUAAUCUGAAUAAAUUAAAACAUUCUUGUACAAUACAAACACCAAGUUACAAACCUAGCACGGCAUCGUUUUCCAUUACAGAUGCUUCACGUUCUGUAAUCAGAAAACUUAAAUUACCUACUAGACAAAAUGACAAAGUUGAUCAUGUUGAUAAAACACCGUUAAAUUCAACAGACUCUAACGGAAAGUUUUCACAUCUUUAUUCCAAUAGAAAAUCAUCAUCCAAACUGAAAGAUUGUAAAUACUGGUCAACAUCAAUGUCGUCAACAGAUUCAAAUAAUCCCCUCAGUGAUAGUUUAAUGCAUGAACAAGUAGCAAAAAUGGUGAUGCAUUUACAAGACAACGAUUCGUGUACUUCACAUCAGUUGGAAAAUCCUUUUAUUACAUCUACAUUAAGUGCAAGUAACUCCAUUACUACUAAUUCAUCGGAUGCUACAACAAUAACAACUACUACUACUACUACUACUACAACUAAUACAAGCACGACAGCGACUACUGUCAUUCUAAAUGAACAAAACAACACUUCAAUGAUAAGUACCGAUAUGAAUAAUGAAUCAAUGACAUCCAAUACUGAAGAUAUUGAUGAUUAUUCACCGACUUGUCAUUCUGAAGUGAAAUCCGACACAGAAGAUGUUUAUGAAUUGUUUGAAGCUAAUGGUAAAAAAUAUAGACGUCAUUUUCAACGACGUGUUGUUAUUGAACGGCAUAAAGUUAGAGAAAUUAUAUUAGCACCAUCACUUCCAGAUGGUUCGGGUCCAGAUCUUAACCGAGCUAUAGUCAAUCGAUCUGAUCAAACAAAUACUGAAUCCGUCAAUGAUCAUAAUCAUGAACCUAUUUCAUCAAUUAAUACAUUAUCAUUGAAUAACUCUUCUCCAAAUCAUAACAAUGCACUGAACUAUCCUGAAAUGAAACUUCAAUUCGAAAAAUGGAAUAUCUCCUGCGAUAACAGUGCUAUUGAACAUGAUGACUGCAUAGAUCAUGACAAUUUAGAAGAUUCCAAAUUAGUUAAAGCUGAUGUUGAACCACCGAAACCACCUUUACUAAAUGAGAAACCAUUGGUUAGUUACAUGUUUCGAUUUGGAUCAUCUGAUUGUGAUAAUGUUGAUGAUGAACGGCGUCUAUCGCAUAAAUUAAUUGAUUUUUUCCGUGAUCAAUGGUUAAAAGAAGUGGAUGCAGCAGGACCACAUGAACGUAAAAAAGUUAUUUCUUAUAUUCAAAGUUAUACACAACCUACAACAAAUGGUGAUUUUAUUCAUAAAUCAACAUGCGUUCAACAUACAUGUACAGUUCGAAUGGUUGGGGGUCUUCAAGGAUUAAAAGCUCGGGCAAAUCGUAAUGCUGAAAUGAAAAUAUCUGAAACAUUAUCAGAUGAUGAAGCUUCGGAUAAACUAUCUUGUAAUUCACUGACUUCAUCAUCUAACGAAAUAAAACCAUCUAUUAAUGAAGAAACAGAUGUGUUCAAACCGUUGGAAACAUCAGAUCUACCAGCAUUUGAUCAUGGUGAAUCACAAAUCAUUAUAACCAGUGAUGAGACGGACGAUGAAGAAAUACCACAUGACGAUAAUAGUUCUUCAAUAAUUCAAGAAAGAGAAAUAUAUAUCAAUAAACCUAUUGUGGAAGCUAACAAUGUACCACCUAUAUUAAGUCUUUUAAAAGCAAACGAUUAUUUAGUAUGGGGUGAUCGAAAUACUGUCAAUGAUAUUUCUGUACAUGCUGGAUGUAUUGAUGCUUUGAUAGUGUAUAUGACUUCAUACGGUCGUAUGUUACCAUCAUAUUAUUUAUUUUUUGAAACAUUUCUUUUUAUGUACCGUUCAUUUAUGACAUCGGAUGAUUUAUUGCAUCGUUUAAUAACACGAUAUUAUUAUUUUAGUCAUCCUCCACAUUAUUUAACACAUUUAACAAAUUUAUCACAAGAAAUUAGAUCGAAAGUGUGUACAUCGACUGUGUCAAUAUUAGUGACUGUGGUUUCUCGAUUAAAACAAGAUUUAAAUGGUGAAUUGCUAGAAAUUCUUCAAAAUUUUGAAAAAACUCUUGCACAAGAUCAAUAUAAUUUACUCAGUCGAAUUUUACACAUUACCAUUUGUCGACAAUCACCAGACAGUUCACAAAUUCAUUCGAACUUAAAACCCACUAAACCAAUCAAUGGUGAUAUACGUAAAUCGGAUUCAUUUAUAUCGAAUAAUCCUCGAGCCUCAUCAUUAGACGAUAUAUCAUCUGAUCGAUCUAUGUUUAAUGAAAGCUAUGAAACAAAUCAUUCCACUGAAUACACCGGAGAAACUGGAUUUGUUACAUUACCAAAGACUAAAUCGAAACGAUCCUAUGCUUUGGAAAAUGUUGAUCGUUAUUCAUUGAUUGACACUACAGAAAAUGAUUAUAUCCACUCUCCCACUAUGGUCAGUACACUUCCAACUAAAAGAAUAUUAUUGAAAACAUCAAAAAGUAGUCUUGGCAUAUUAAAUUUCUCAGCAAAAUCUUUUGCUGAACAACUCACCUAUUUGGAUUGUUUAAAUUAUUAUAAAAUUGAUGUUACUGAACUCCUUGAUAUUUCUAAACUAGAACAAGGUAAAGCGCCUGGUGUAGCUGCAUGUGCACAUCAUUUUACAUUGGUUUCUAACUGGGCCACAUAUCAAAUUUUAUCCUUAACAAGUGCAUCUGAUCGUGAUAAAGUUGCCAAUCGUUUAUUAGAUGUUAUGGAACACUUGUACAAACUCAAAAAUUUCAGUUCUUACCUAUCUUUACUUUGUGCAUUUCUCCUAGUACCAGAAGCUUUAUUUUCUCGAAGAACACGCAGUCGUCUUAGUCGAAUUACACCGUACAUGCAACCGCCUUACUUUUCACAAUAUCGUCGUGAUUUAGAAGCAGCCAAUCCACCGUUUAUACCCUAUCUUGGUUUAAUGCUACAAAAUUUAGUUGUCCUAGCUCAGGGUAAUCCUUUGUUUUUAAAAACACUUCCAACUCAAUUAGUCGAUACCUAUCAACCAUGUCAUGGUCCCAUCAUUAACUUUUGGCGAUGUUGGAAACAUUUUCUCAUCAUACACUUUUUUGUUAAACAAGAAAAAAUGGAUCCUGAAAAAUCUCGUUAUUCAAUUCGUCCUGAUUUGAAAAUCUUACAUUUCAUUGACAAUUUUGAAAAAUCUCUACCUGAAGCAGAAUUACGCCACUUAGCUAAUAGUUUACGUCGAAGUAUCUCAUAAAAAAUUUUUUUUCAUUGAAUUAUAUAUUAUAACAUUCAUGUUACUUGUUAUUAUCCUCAGCUCAUGUUGAUAAAACAAACUACUCAAUGUACAAUAAUGUUAUUAUUUUAAUGUAUCAUUUACUUUUAUUUUUAAUCUAUAUUUCUGAGAUAAUUUUCAAUUGUAUGCUUUCAUGUGAAUUUAAAGAGCUUUUCUUAUUUCUUAUUAUAAUAUCAUUCUUGCUCUAAAUUAAUAAUAUUGAUCUUUAUUUUAAACAUUCAAUAAACAUCUAUUUUGUAUAUAACUUAAUUUUAUCCACGAAUAAUAAUUAAUAUUUGUUUACACUUAACAAACAGAUUGGCUGUGCAGUUUUUAACUUUCUCCAUUUUUUUUAAAAAACACUGAUGUACAUUUCUCUCAGAUAAUAUGCUCCAUACAUUGUGUCUUGUGUUUUAUAGAAGAAUAUAUAUACGUCUUGGCGGAUUGCAUCAUCGUUGUAACUAUUUUUAUCACAUUUAUAUUGUCCUUCUCAAAAUUUGUAAAUAUCUCUCUAUUGUUGUAAAGUUUUUUUUUUCCUAAUAUUUCUUGCUUUUCUCCUUCCAUCAUGAAUAAAAAAGAAAUUCGUAUUGUUUUCUAGUGGUAACAACUUCUGUUACUGCCAUUAAUUUUCGAAGAAGAAAUUCGUUACUUUUGUCGAUGACUUUUUCAAUGAAUGUACCAUAUUGGCAUUUUAACAUUAUAUACAUGAGUGAUUAUUUUCAUCAUUACUCAUACAUUUUGUAUAUGUUUAUUCUAUUGCUUUUAUCAUAGUUUUUUUCUUCCUCAGAGUAUCCUUAUGAUGAAAUGAUAUACUACUUGUUUGUUUUCUUCAGAACACAACUUCAAAUAGUUUCUUAAUAUUAAUAAAUAAGUAGUUUAAAUGAUCUUUAAUGUGACUACAACGUCUACUAGUAUCGCUGUUAUAACUAAUAGUAGUCGUAACAGUGUUGAUAAGAGAUCUAACAACAAUUGAUGUCAAAAUGCAAUUAUUCCUUAUUUCAUUAUGAGAAAAUAUAAAUGUACGCUGAUUAUAUAUUUUUUAUGAUGGUAUAAUCAAAUCACAAGUACUGACGCACACUUUUUUUCUCGAGAUGAAAGUGUUUUUCUUUUUUUGUUUGCAUACAUUUUACGAAGCAAUAUAAUAACAUGAACUUUUAUGUUGUUUUUUUUAAUGUUACUCAAUUUUUGAAAAACGAAAACAAUUG